UAAAUCCGGCGAUAUGGAAGAAAAACAGACUCUGGCGUGGUAUACCUACUAUUUUAUUAUUCGGAAAAUGUUCUAUAAAUAAAAGUAUCUGUACUCUCCGAGUAACUGGAAUUUAUAUGCUCUUUGCGUUGGAUUAAGCAGAUGAUUGGAUUUUUCGCCAGUCUUUUGUCAGAAUCUCGAUUGGAAAGUAGUGAUUACUGUGUAGUGAGGUACAAAACAAUUUUGGGACCUAGUAGCGAUGAAAACCGGCUUCAGUUUACAACCAGAAGAUGCAUCCCUUCAAAGAGUCCCCGCCCCAAGAUUUUUCUGGGCCAUGCCAGUUGCGAUCAACACAUCGCAAUACUCCUACCCGUUGGAAGUGUGGGAUCAAAUACCCGAUAAAGAUAUUAUUUUGAAGCUAUCGAUUUUGAUACCGAUUGUGCUGUUUGGUAUUCUUGGCAACGUGUCCCUACUGGAGAUUAUUUUCACCAACCGAUCACUGCGCACGCCGACGCAUCUGCUGAUCGCUAAUCUUGCUCUCAUUGAUCUGGUUACUUUAUUGGUUUGUCCUCCAGUGUUCAUAUUGCAUGAUAUUCAUCAAAGUUAUGUUCUGGGACCUAUCGGGUGCAAACUUGAAGGUUUUAUUGAAGGUGGACUACUCAUCACCUCGGUGCUAGCAUUAUGUGUCGUCAGCUACGAUCGUUUGGCAGCCAUUGUACUGUCCAGGAAGGCAAGAUUUAAAAUGACUAGCGUUAGCAUAGCUUCGGCAAUUUGCUGGAUUCUGGGAUUCGUCGCUGCAUUGCCUUUAUCAAUCUAUCGAAACUACAAAGAACGUAACUGGAGUAAUUUUCGAGAAACAUUUUGCUCAGAAGAUAAACAUGUGAUGCCGCUAUAUUGGGACUACAUCGUAGUUUUGUUGGUUUGGCUCCCGCUGUGUGUAAUGCUGAUUACUUACACUACUAUUCUAUAUAAGCUAGAUCGCUAUGAAAGAAAAGCAAUGAAUCGAGAGCAUCCGAUGGUGGUGCGGUAUAAAAGCCGAGUGGCGAAGACCCUAUUUAUAGUUCUGAUAACCUUCGUGGUGGUGAGGAUACCUUUUACCGUUAUGCUUCUGAUUUACUACAAAGAUGUGGAUGACGGUAAUAGGUUUGAGAUAAGUGAAAGUUUCAUCAUGCUGUGGUGGAUCGCCAAAGUGGCGUUUAUAUUUCUGUACUCUGCAAUGAAUCCGGUCAUUUAUGGUCUCACCAAUAGGACGUUCAGAAAAGCAUUCAAAGAUUCGGUCAUUUUGGGAACGCUUCUACGCUUCACUGACGAUGAAGAAGGCACAGAAAAACUUAGAAAUCACAGGAUUCUCUCAUUCUCCAAGAAAACACGUACUGAUGGAUCAAUGUUAUACAGAGAAGCAAAAAGGCGACCUAUUGCAAAUUGGUUGAACUCUACAAUCAGAUGGAAAGAUAAGCGUGCUAGUGAAAGGAUCCCAGAAACCAAAACCCCAGAAGCUGACGGCACACAAUCUUCGGAAACAGCACAAAAUGUUCCGAAGCGAUAAAUAAACAAUCGUAUCAUUCUUGUACAUAUAUUUAUCACCAAUCGUAAAAGCAAUAAAGAAGCAUCAAUUGUCUUUUGUUA